CUAGCAUACAACAUACAUACUACAUACGUAUAUUAUACACGUUUAGCGUUUAAAGUUGAGUAGAGCGUUGUUGGGUUGUCUCCUUACCUUACUACACUCCUUGGAGUAUCGGGACUGGGAUAGGAUUGUAUUGGGGAGAGUGAGGAACGCUGGCUACGUCGUACGCCAAGGCGAGACGAGCACCAGUUACCGCGGAGCCGUUGCCUUGACGACACACGCGUGUGUUGACGCAUGCGCCUGGGUUCUACGCGGUCAAGUCUCGCUCGGUUAAGUGUUUGUUUAUUGUAAACGAUACAACACCUCCAAGAGGACCGCAGCUACUUGUGUGUAUUUCUUCAAUUGUUUUAUUAUAAUUCCACCAAGUGUGGUAAGCGGAAAAAAAUUAUACUUUUGGGUGUCAGUUGAAUGGUUCCGCGGGAGGCCGCCCUUGAGAGUGUCUGGGAGCAUCCAGAGCCGGAACAGCGAGGCUUUUACGACUCGCCGCCCCCCCGGAUGGACGUGAGCGUGUGCUGCUUGCAGCCCAGCGCCGGCUCGGGGGUCCAGCACCCUUCUUCCUCGACUCACCACCACCAGGCUCAUCACAUAGGGCACCACAUCGGGGCCCACCACCACGGCCAUCAUCAUCUCAAUCACGUAACACACGGGCAUACUCAUAACAACCACGGUCACGGGCAUCACCACGUCCAGAGUGGCCUCCCGUCCGCGGGCCAGCCGACGAUUCACCCGACUUAUCAGUAUGCUGAUCAAAUAGUCCCCGAUCGGGGUCAGCCCGAUGGACUUACGCUGGUCAACGGUGCCCAGGAUGCUUGGCAGCAGAAUGCUUCCACCGGCGCGACAGGGAUACCCAAUGCUACUACUUAUAUUGACUACUCCUGGCUGCAAAUGCAGACCUCAGACCUGGACACACUAUUAUGCCGCCAAGACCUUGAGCAACUCCAAAAGCUGGAUGAAGACGACCCGGAAAAGAGCGCGCGCGAGGCCUUACCAAUUGAAGACUUCUUCGAGACGGGGCCAGUGGGAGCUUGCAGACCCCAAGCGAGUUUUGUUUCCUCCCGGAGCCAGCCAGCGAGCAGCGACGAUGACGUCUUCCUCAGGCCGCCGCUCUGGGAAGACAUCACCUCGAGCAUCCAGAAGCUGGACCCGGAGAACGCGGACAUGCUCGGCUCCCAGUCGACGCUUUCCGCUGCUUCCUCGACCUCUCACGUCAAAAUGGAGACCGAGGACGUGACCUCGCCCGUCCUCUCGCCUGUCGAGAUAAAAAGCGAGCCUCUCGCCCCCCAGCCGACUCUCCACCUCCUGGAGGGCCGCCAGACCGUCGGCUUCCGGGACCGAAAUGGUCUCAAGAGCUUUCAGAACAAUAAUAAUAAUAACACUCCUAAUAAUAACAAUAAUAAUAAUAGUAAUAGUAAUAACAACAAUAAUAGUAGUAGUAAUAAUAAUAGUAAUAGUAAUAGUAGUAAUAAUAAUAAUAAUAAUAGUAGUAGUAAUAACAAUAGUAAUAGUAAUAAUAAUAAUAAUAACAACGAGUCGCCGACGAACCAUCACAGUCAUCAAGGAUCGGGUACCGCGAGCUCGCCACUCUACGGAUCGAUGACGAGGCUGAUGUACGUCUCUCCGUUGACGCCUCCAAUCUCAGACCCCGGCUCGCCCCUCGGUGGCCCUCCUAGACGGACUCCUCCGCCUCCUUACCCUCAGCCGCCUAUGUUGAAUCCUUCGCAUAGGAUCCAGAGCUCGGGGAUCGCUAAGUUUAAUCGCAGGAAUAAUCCUGAGCUGGAGAAACGCAGAGUGCAUCAUUGCGAUUUUAUUGGUUGUACAAAGGUCUACACAAAAAGUUCGCACCUGAAAGCCCACCAGCGGAUACACACAGGUGAAAAACCAUACCAGUGCCAAUGGCCAGAAUGCGAAUGGAGAUUUGCCCGAAGCGACGAAUUGACCCGUCAUUACCGCAAGCACACAGGUGCUAAACCGUUCAAGUGUGCAGUCUGCGAGCGAUCAUUUGCGAGAAGUGAUCAUUUAGCACUGCACAUGAAGCGGCAUCUCCCUAAGCAACACGCCAAGUGACAAGAGACCACCUCGGUGGAGCACCAGCCCUUCGAUAUUAACUCACUACCAACUCUAUCUUCUCAAGACUGGUCUUGAAGCCGAGUUUCAACCUUUAUAUCAAAUUAUUAUCAAUUAUAUUUGAUCCAGCGGACGUUCUCCAACUCGACGAAACUCUUCGGUUCUUCUUCUUUUUCAUCUUUUUUCUGCGCCGCCAUCACCUUUACUAAUUAUAAUCAUCAAUUAUCAAUAAAUAUAUGUAUGUCAAAUAUUAAUUAAUUAGCAGCAAACGCACGCGUAAUACUUGCCCUGUACUUAAUUGUUUACGGUGGCUGGUCCACAAAUAUCUAAUAAGUCUCUCUACUGUAUUUUUCAUAUAUUAAAUUAUAGUUAUUCAGUCAAAAAUAUUCAUUUUUAAUUA